CCGGUUAGGAUCGAAGAGAAGCACCAACGCUAGGAUGAAGUUGCUCUUGCUGCUGGUUCUGCUGGGCUGUGGAGUCCGGGCCCAAGAAGAUUAUGAUGAUUAUGAUUCAGACACAAAGAAGAACAACACGGUCGCUACGGCAACAGUCGAUGCUCGCGGUCACCGACCUCUCAUCAAAGGACGAGAGCUUUACCUGACCAACCGUUACAGCCCCCCUCCCAUCAGCUCCGGAGGAAGGUACAGCGGGCGUCCAGGGACCACCACAGUGACCGCCCCUCAGGAGCAGGAGAAGGUGGAGCAGCCAGAGAGUGGAGGCUGCACACACGCCAUGGAGGAGAUGGGCGUGCUGUGUCCUAACGGCUGUGAGCUGAAAACCAUGCUCCAGAAGCAAGAAAGAAAUGUCAAAACCAGCAUUAAUCAACUGCGCCCCCAAGUGGAAGAACUGACCCGAGAGUCCAAUAACAUUUUUAACUACAUGAAAAGCAUGUCCAACAACCUCAGAGAGAGACAGGUCAUCAUCAGAGACAACAACAACGUGGUGGGCCAGUACACAAACCGAGUGGAGGAGCAGCAUGCUUACAUAAAGGAGACAGUCGACACUCUUCUGCCGUCUAACAUCAGGGUCCUGCAGGGCGUCCUGGAAAAGAUCCGACUGAAGAUCCAAAAGUUGGAGAAGGCCAUUCAAACUCAGACUGAGUCCUGCCAAGAGCCAUGCAGGACCAAGUGCCCCGUCCCUGUUGUGUCUGGUAAGGAAUGUGAGGACAUCUUCCGUCGUGGAGGUGUGGAAUCUCAGAUGUACAUGGUUCGCCCAAAUCCUUUCGGCCCGGCCUUUAAGGUCUACUGCGACCAGGAAGCUCACAAUGGAGGCUGGCUGGUGAUUCAAAAUCGGUUGGACGGUAGCGUGGACUUCGGUCGCCGCUGGGACGAUUACAGAAACGGUUUUGGAAAUGUCGCUUUGGAUGUUGGAAAAGGACACUGCCAAACUCCAGGUGAAUACUGGCUUGGAAACGAAAGAAUCAGUCAGAUCUCUAGACUGGGACCCACUGAGCUGUUAGUGGAGAUGGAGGAUUGGGACGGUGCAAAGGUGCACGCUCAGUACCAGCAGUUCACGGUUCAGAGUGACACCACUAACUACGUGUUAGCGGUGGAUAAGUACAGUGGCACGGCCGGUAACUGUCUCCUGGAGGGCUCCACUGAACAUUUCGGCGUCAACAAAACUAUGACCAUCCACAACGGAAUGAUGUUCAGCACGUACGACCGUGACAAUGACAACUGGAAUCCCGGGGACCCGUCUAAACAGUGCGCGCGGGAGGAUGGUGGCGGCUGGUGGUACAACCGCUGCCACUCGGCCAAUCCGAACGGCCGAUACUACAUGAGCGGGGUUUACAGCAAACUGAUGGCAAAGCACGGCACAGACGACGGCAUGGUGUGGAUCAACUGGAAGGGAGCGUGGUACUCGCUCAAGGCCAUCAGCAUGAAGAUACGGCCAUUCUUCCAGUCAGGAUAAAAGUGAAAAUGAGAACACUGCAAAAAUAUUGAUACUUUGCAGCUGAUGUCAUGAACACUCUCUGGGGUGUGAAGCUAACUGGAGGCACUACUCCGUCUGAAGCUCUGUUACUCAAGUUAGACAGUUUUUUUUGUUUUUUGUUUUGUUUGUUUGUUUGUUUGUUUUUUUCAGUUAGUCACUCUUUCUUUUGUGGAAAAUCAAACACCUGAACAGGAACCACAAACGCUUGUAUUCAUCACAGGCUUCUAAAAAAGGGAAGUUUAAAAUUUUCUAGAGUUUUCAGACGAUCUUAAAAGGUUUUUUUGUCGGAGUUUGCUAAUGUGUACAUUGUGUCUCCAUGGUAACUGCUACAUGUAUCUCUAAUAGUGCAAUGCUACUUUAUAAAACACCCCCAGAAUGAUGUCACUGCAAAGUAUCAAUAAUGUAUAUGAGUUACCUGAAGAAGUAUGUGAUGUCCUGUUUUAUGCAGUAUUCUGGUUUUUACUUUGGAUAUGGUUGAUAUCCUAUGGAAAAAAAUACAAUUUUUAAGGGACACUAUGAAACUUUUCUGGUCAGGCCUGUCAAAACACAACUCCAGGUUUGUUAUUAAUAAAGACCAAUAAUGCAUUUUGUUAAAAAAGUAAAAACAGAACAAAGAAUAAAUAAAUAUUUGAAACUAGCCUGAAAAUAACAGUGGGGAAAGUACUUUGUUGAGCUGGGGACAGGCAAGAACAA